AUGGAAUGGAGAUGUUUCUCUAAUGAUAAGGAAGAAGAUGAGCGGGAAGAAGAUAAGCAGCGGGUUCUCCAGAAAGACAUCGUACAUUUCUUAAAAAGAGACAUACGAUUUUACAACGAGAAAAUAUUUUACUUCUGUUUUGUAGGGCUUUACCCUGCAGGAAGCCCUUCCAGAAAUUCUCGACCAACCGGGCUGAACCCGGGCCGAAGAGGGGGUUUGGAAAUAGUUUUCAACCAGCAAUUGACGCGCCUCGGUUAAAACCUCAUUAGCUGCGUCAUUGCCCCAAGCGCAAAGAUGGUUAGCCCAGCCCAACGCUUCCUUUUUUAUACACCAAUUGGAUCCCCGCCUCCUUUGCUCGAUUCCGAUGUGGGAUUAUUUUUUAUUCCUCAUCCCACCGCCUCUCACGUGCCGGUCCAGAGCAGGCCGCGCCAAGAGUCCCUGAAGACCCAGAUUCUUCUACUAGAGCUCGUGUUUGGUUGUCGGUAGGGAUGGAUUGCUUCUCUUCCUAUUUCCCAUUGAAGAAACUGGUCUAGCCAUCCCAUGCAAAGGGUCCGAAUGGUUUCAAAUUGGUCGUUCAGGUUGGUCAGGCAUCACUUGGUUCUAGAUAUGGACCGAUCACAUUGGGUUAAUCAGUUUAAGUCUGACAUAAAACGAGUCUAGCUGAAAUUAGGCACUGGUCCACCUAUACAAAUUGGAUCCAACCAGUUUGUAACAUGUCGGGUUAAAUUAGGUUGAGUUCGCUAUUGGAUGAGGCUCAAUUUGAGUUCAACCAGCUUGCUUUUGUUCUGUGUGUAAUUUUAUCUAUCUAUUCAUUCCUUUUUCAUGGAGACAUCGUAGCAUACACAUGCAAGAAGCCGACACAAGCGGCGGAUACAUUCAUCCAAUGUUGCUGUCUUUUUUUCCCUAGAUUUACUUCGUAUUCAGUAAAAACUGAAAUUUAGGAGCAGAGCACAAGAUGAUAUCCAAAUCCAUAUCAAGUCUUCGUUAGAUUCUAUGAUUGAAUAUUGGAUACCCCAAGCCGCUCACUGGAGAAUUAGUGUUUGACUUCGACAUGGAGGGAGUAUAUCUUAUACAUAGCAUGGAUAACAAUGCAUGCAGAGGCUACAACAUAGCAUCGUUCUCCAUAAGGCCCUGCUUUAUUUCUCAUUUCUGUUGAACAUCAUCAGGUUAAACCCCCAUGAAAUCU